AUGGCUGAUGAUGAUGGAGGUGGAGAUAGAGAUGUUGAAAUGGAUGAAGAUUUAGAGGAAGAUCAGAGAACACAAAUAAGUGAACAACAAUUACAAGGUGAUGGUCGAAUGCAAAUUCUCAAUGAAGAUGUUUUGGAUGGAACACAGCCAGAUGCUUCAUAUAAUGAAUCAAAAUUAAUUCCAGCUUGUUUACCUACUCCAAAUCCAUCGUCACAUAAUUUUACAUCACGAUUCCGUGCAGAUGUUGUGCAACUUGUCGAAACGAGUAACAUUCACAAACAUAGCGACACAUGCUAUAAGUAUUGGAAUGCUAGUCGAGGUGAAAAGAAAAGCUGCCGAAUACGUAUGCCACGCAAAUUAGUACCAGUUUCGACGAUUGAUCCAGACACUGGUCAUAUCUCAAUGCGACGAUCGGAUCCAAUGAUCAAUAAUUUUAACGAAUGCCUUAUUGCAGCUUGUCGUUCCAAUAUGGAUGUCAAAUUUAUUUGA